AUGUCUACGAAAGACUCUAGUCUGCACCUCUUCUCAUACUUUACGAUACCUAAUAUCCUCCUAGCACUCGUGGCAUAUACUACCGUAAGAUGUGUCUACCAGAUCAUUUACUAUCGAUACUUUCAUCCGCUACGACACUUUCCGGGUCCCUUCUGGGCCAGCGUAACGAGGCUAUGGAUCGCAUACCACAACAUCAAGGCGGAUGAAUGCGAGAUCGAACUCGCUCUACACCGCAAAUACGGCCCCGUGCUUCGCGUCACCCCUACCCUACUCUUGGUAUCCGAUGCUACCAAGCUCCCUGAAGUGUACAAUCGCCAAUCGAACAAGUCGAAUCAUUACAUCACCGGCAGCUUCGGCAAGACCGAGAGUUUGUUCAAUAUGCGGGAACACAAGCACCACGCGCACUUUCGCAAGAUCGCUGCUGGCCCAUAUAGUUUCAGCAACGUCAGGAAGAUGGAAGGGCUAGUGGACGAUCGCAUCCAGCAGUGGACUGACAAGCUGGAGGAAGUCUUUGGCGAUGGCAGUAGAUUUGACUUUGCGCCGUGGGCAGUAUACAUGGCAUAUGACAUCAUAUCGGAGAUUGGCUUUGGCGCACCCAUCGGAUUCAUCGAGAGCGGCUCCGAUAUCGACGGCUUGAUCAAAGGCUUCCACGAUGGUCUGCUUCCUUUCGGUCUAAUGGCUCGGCUCUGGCCGUGUACACAAUGGGCGAAAGGCACAUGGUUGGGCGAGAAAUAUCUUGUGGCGAAGCCCGAGGACGACUCUGGUAUUGGCACGCUGAUGCGCUUCCGUGACAAGCUCAUCGCCAAGCGAAUCCAAGAUAUCGAAGCUGGUAAAGUCGACAGAGUCGAUCUACUACAGACCUUUCUCGAUGCAAGGACAGAAGAUGGCGCACCGCUGGAUUUGGACUACAUCAAAGCUGAGAUCCUUCUCGUAUUGCUCGCUGGCGCUGAUACCACAGGCACUGCAUUCCAAGCGAUGAUUGCGUACAUUACAUCUGAUGCUCAAGUAUACGCGAAGUUGAUGGAAGAGUUAGAUCGCGUCACUCGCGAGGUCAAGUUGAGCCCCAUGCCGCAGUAUGACGAAGUGUUGGAGCAUUGUCCAUAUUACGUUGCGUGCGUCAAAGAAAGCAUGCGUCUCUGUCCCUCCGCUCCCAACAUCUUCCCUCGCGUUGUGGGUUCGUCAGGGAUGCACCUGCAUGGCCGCUACGCGCCGCCCGGUACCGAAAUAACCUGCAACCCCUGGCUCGUGCACCGCGAUGAGAAGAUCUAUGGCCAAGAUGCCUGUGAUUUCCGUCCAGGAAGGUGGCUCGAAAGCGAAGAAAAAGCAAAGGAGUACAACAAGUACAACAUGGGCUUUGGAUAUGGCGCGAGAGUCUGUCUUGGAAAAGACAUCGCACUCAUGGAGUUAUACAAGGCUCCAUUGCAAUUCUUCAGGACGUUCAAGAUUGAGAUCGACGAAAGCCGCAAAGGCAAUUUUGUAGUCAAAGGUGGUGUAGGAUUCUGGGAGGACAUGUGGAUCGGUAUCAAGCGGCGGAAGACGGCGUCGUGA